GUGUGUGUGUGUGUGAGAGAGAGUACUGACUUUCACCGGUGCUAUUGGUGCUUUGGGGAACGAGCGCGUGGUGAACAUAAGAGAAACAAAUUCGCAUUUACGAGUACUGAUAACGAAACGCACACAGGCGGGAAAAAUUAUUUAAAAGAGCCGUUUUCUCAUUUAAAAAUUCCAUGGCAGGGACAAUUGAUCAGGCCAAAAUGAAGUUUUCGAGAAUAGUAAACAGUCGCUCGUACACCCGGUUCAAUCAAUCUCAGAAUCCUGAUGGAGAGGGCAGUUGUGUGGAGGUGAAGCUUGCUGUGGAUGGUGAGGAGGAAAUGGAUGGAAUAGAACAAGAACAAGAAAACGUGCAACGUGACACGUACACAAGAUCCAGUCGUUCUGGGCCAUGGAACAAGUGGAGGUUUCUCGUUUGGGUGGGUGGAGUGCUGGUCAUCUUCUGUGUAGGUUUACUCAUUGGAUACUCUGUCCACCGCAAGUCUGAGUCUGCUUCCUGCUCUCCGGGAGAUGGUGUGAUCAAGCAUGACCCUGAAGAUCCACCUAAUCAAGAAUUUCCACCAAAUGAUCCACCUCCUUUGGAUUGGAGUGAACUUGUUGGACUUCUGAAUGAUAAACUGUCAUCUAAAGCCAUUGCAGAUAAAUUAAGCGAGUAUUCCCAGGUUGUCCGUAAAGCAGGAUCAUCUGCAGAUAACAAGUUAGCUAAUGAUAUCCAUGAUAUUUUCACGCAACUGAAUAUGGACCCCUGGGAUGAUGAACACUAUGUGAAGCUACAGUUUCCUAACAGCUCCAAUCCAAACAAAGUGUUGUUUGGUGCAGUGGAGAUCGGAAGUCCAAAAGGGUUCCUGGCUUACAGUGAAACAGGACGUAGAGAGGGCAGAGUGGUGUACGCCAACUAUGGUGAGCUUUCUGACAUGCAGAAUAAAGAAUACGGACUGAAUCUAAAUGGAUCUGUUGUACUGAUGAAAGCUGGAAAAAUCAGCAUGGCUCAGAAGGUUAUGAAUGCAGCUAAAAUGGGUGCCGUAGCAGCUCUGAUCUACCCAGACCCAGCUGACUAUAAAACUAUGUCUUGGGAUGCUGAACUUUAUGGUCAUGUCCACCUGGGAUCAGGUGAUCCUUACACCCCAGGAUUCCCAUCCUUUAAUCACACACAAUUUCCUCCUGCCAAGUCCUCUGGUCUUCCAGGAAUACUUGCCCAGACAAUCACUGCUAACAUGGCACAAUCAAUCUUUGAAAAAAUGGGAGGAGAAGGUGCUCCUGAUAGAUUUAAGGGUGACUUAUCCAGUUACAAGUUGGGAAGUGAGAGUGACAAAGUAACCGUAGCAGUCAAUAAUAAUAUUGCAGACACCAAGAUCCAUAAUGUGUUUGGAGUCAUCAAAGGUUAUGUGGACCCUGAUUGUUAUGUUGUGAUUGGAGCGCAGAGAGACUCCUUGACUUCGGGAUAUGCCAAGUCUACAGUUGGCACUGCUCUUCUGCUGGAGCUUGCGAGGGUUUUCACAGAGUUGAAGAAAGGUAGUUUCAGACCCAAAAGAAGUGUUGUGUUUGCCAGCUGGACCGCAGGGGAUUUUGGAAACGUCGGUGUUACUGAAUGGCUUGAGGGAUACUGGUCGUCACUGGACAGAAAAGCCUUUACUUACAUCAGUUUGGAUGGUGUUGUUACUGGAGCAGAUUCUUUUAGAGCUUCUGCCAGUCCUUUGUUGCACACCCUUCUGCAGAAGACCUUGGGAAAGGUCAAAAACCUAAGGUCAAAUUCAAGCCUUCUCCAGAGUUAUGGUCGUGGUUUUUCAUCACUUCUGACACCCAUGCAGAUGGAUGAUGGUGCAUAUCCUUUCCUGGCCCUCUCUGGAAUCCCAUCCGUUUCUUUCGGUUUCAUCUCUUCUUCGGAUAAACAGUGUUUAGGCACAAAUAUGGAUGAAAAAAAGCAUCUGGACUGCAUCACCGAUCAGAAAGUGGUUGAGUUGUCCGUGCUUGCUGCUCAGGUUGCUGGGCAGAUGGCCCUUCGGCUCGUCCAUGACCACAUCCUCAAACUAGAUGUUACCAAGUAUUCUGAUGUGAUUGCCCGCCACGUGAGCGCCAUCACCCAGCGCGUUGACACUCUCAAAAAUGACACGGUCGAUAAAAUUGAGUCUUUGUCAACAAAGUGGCUGAAUGCGGCAAAGAGUUCCUACAGUUGUGCCGCAGCCUCUCUAAAUAUUGACAUAAGGAAUAUCGACCAGAAUGACUUUGAGAUGUGUCGCAUAAUCAAUAACCGCAUAAUGAAGGUGGAGCAUAAUUUUCUCUCUCCUUAUGUCUCUUUGAGAGAUGUCCCAUUCCGCCACAUUUUCUUUGGUAAUGGCUGGCAAACCACCACAGACCUGGAAAAGUACUUGGGUGAUGUACAAGAAAAGACAAGCUUCAACAUAGACCAGGUCCUAAACCAGUUCGCUCUACUUACCUGGACCAUCCAGGGCUGUGCUAAUGACCUGGCUGGAGAUAUCUGGUCCUUGGACAACGAGAUAUAGAGUUUUUCACUGUUGCAUCAACCAACUUGUCAUUGGCUUUGCUUGAACAUAUUUCUAGAUACAUAAAAACAAUCCUGUCACUAUGAAGUAGAAAUGAUUUGAUUUGGAACAAUGAAUUUUGACCAAGCAUAUCUUCAAAAUUAAUAUGACCGUUUUAAAUUAAACUUUGGAAGUUCUUUAAUCAUAUUAAGAACUAUAGUGAGAUAUUAAAUGUUUUUAUUGCAUUAUAUGUAGUUUGGGAUCAUUAAGACUUGUAAUGUUUUUUUAUAAAGAAGUCUCUUAUGCUCAUCAAGGCUAAUCAGUACUGUAAGGCUUGACAGUAAUCUUGCAAAAUGUUGUUA